UGCAUUUCUCCUCCCGGAGUCAAACAGUUCAUUCGGUUUGUUCCAGAGCACUGUUGUGGUUCCUAUAAACAUUGACUCGGGCUGAAAAUUUAAGGAAAAGUUUUCCAAUUGCAAUCAAAUGGCAUAUACGUAUUUGAAAACUCUUUUAGGAGCUUAAUUGCAAAAAAGCAUGAUUGCAUUUUCCCUGCUACAGUUUUAAAUACCAUCUACGAAUUACACCAAGAUGUAUGUUUCAAGCCGUUAUAUUCCUAACAUCUUCUUCAAGCAACUUCAAAUACCGCACAAGAAUGGUAAAAUUGGCUAGCGAUUUCUUGACUGCUGCAUACUUAGUAUAGUGUUAGAUUUUGCAUUAUAAAUGUUUUAACCGUCAUGGAUAUCAUAGUUGAGAAUAUAGUAGAAGAAGUUGACAACCGUACCACAACAGAGCCUUUGGAGUAUCCUAUGUCAACAUUAGAAGCUAUUGUUACAGCAAUCGCCUUAGGUAUCAUUAUUGUAUCAACUAUUUUUGGCAACAUUCUUGUCAUUAUGUCAGUCUUCACAUACCGCCCAUUGCGAAAUGUGCAAAAUAUGUUCAUAGUGUCUUUAGCAGUAGCAGAUAUAACUGUCGCAGUUCUCGUCAUGCCCUUAAAUCUUGUCUAUACAAUUAUGGCACAAUGGACAUUCGGUCUACCUGUAUGCAAAAUGUGGCUCACUUGUGAUGUGCUCUGCUGUACUGCCUCCAUCCUCAAUCUUUCAGCAAUAGCCCUAGAUCGAUAUUGGGCAAUACAUGACCCCAUAAACUAUGCUUGCAAGCGAACAUUGAAAAGAGUAUUGCUUAUGAUAGCUGGAGUGUGGAUUGUCAGUAUGAUUAUAUCAGCUCCGCCGUUGAUUGGAUGGAAUGACUGGCCAGAAGAAUUCACUGAAGACACACCUUGCAUGCUCACUGAGGAAAGAGGAUAUGUCAUCUACUCAGCCAGUGGUUCUUUCUACAUUCCCCUCUUUAUUAUGACUGUCGUUUACAUCAAAAUAUUCGAAGCUGCCAAACAUCGAAUUAGAGUGAAAGCCAAAGCAGCUGCUAAUUUAGCUGCUAUGAGGAAAAGUCCUGACACUGCCUCUUCCACAAUUCCUCUAAAAUCCAUUCAAACUGAGAUAAGUACCAUAGCUGUUACAGAUGAUUCUUCCUCUUCUUCAACUCAUAAAAUAUCGGACGAUAAAAAUGAUGCAUCUACAUCCAAAGAUGCUGAAGCAGUAGAAGAGAACAACUGUGCUACAAAUGGGACAGAAAAGCCUGAAGCGACUGCCCCGAGAGGUCGGACAUUAGUACCUGACGGAAAUCCUCGUCUGACAGCAACCGUUAGGCAUUACAUGAGAGAAAAACAGAAAAUAUGUUUACUUAAAGAAAGACGUGCAGCCAGAGUGUUGGGAAUUGUUAUGGGAGUUUUUGUACUAUGCUGGCUUCCAUUCUUUUUGAUGUACGUCAUACUUCCAUUUUGUGAGAACUGUUAUGUUUCUAAUCGAUUAGUAAAUUUCAUCACUUGGUUAGGUUAUGUUAACUCUGCUCUGAAUCCAGUCAUUUACACCGUUUUCAAUAUGGACUUCAGAAGAGCAUUUGGUAACAUACUUUGUCGUAAACGAUAAGCAACAAAAAUAAUCUUAAAAUGCCUUUACAUAAAAUAUAGCGUACGUUGCAAACAUUAUAUUCUGUGAAUAUGGCUUUUAUUGAACAG